GAGCUCCUCAUGCCAGUAGGAUCACACAUUAGAGUAAUAACAAAGACAAGCGUACUCCGACAACCUCGCACCUUGAAAUACGAUUAUGUUCGGCACCAACAGUUGUGCGCCGUUGACGUACACCGUUGGAUCCGAACAUAGUGGCUCCAUGGCUAUACCUUAUAGACUCCCAUGACCUGAUAAUUUUGCACACGGACCAUCUAAAUUCCCCGCUGUCAAUAAAUUGUCCGAAAUGUUGACGUUACUGACUCUCCCAUUUCAUUCCAGACUUUCAAUUUCAGUGCCAGGAUGUCUUCUCCACUCUUCCUGGGCUUUGAUUUGUCCACCCAGCAGCUAAAAGCAAUCGUGAUUGCGGAGGAUGCUUCCAUUGUGCACGAGAGCGCCGUGCAUUUCGAUCAUGACUUUCCCGCCCAUGGCACAACGAAUGGUGCGGUCAAAGGCCCAGACGAAGGUGAGGUGACGAGCCCGGUGCUCAUGUGGCUCGAAGCUAUCGAUCUCGUCAUGCAGCGCGUUAAAAACGCUGGCGUUGACCUCAGUGCUAUUGCCGGCAUAUCUGGUGCUGGACAACAACAUGGUUCGGUGUACUGGUCUGAGGAGGCUGAAAAAGCCCUUGCUGCAAUGGAUCCAAAGCGCUCAUUGGCCGACCCAGGCCAUCUCGCACCCCAUGCAUUUGCAUUGCCCAAUGCACCCAUCUGGCAGGACUCUUCGACGACCAAGGACUGCCGUGACCUUGAGGCCGCUGUUGGUGGUCCACAGGUGCUUGCAGAUCUUACGGGAAGCAGAGCCUAUGAGCGGUUCACAGGACCCCAAAUUGCCCGGAUCCGUCGCCUCAAACCCGCCGCCUACCGUAACUCUGCGCGCAUCUCUCUUGUCUCUUCUUUCAUCCCCUCACUGUUCCUCGGGCAUAUCGCCCCGAUUGAGGUCUCUGACGCGAGCGGGAUGAACCUGAUGAACGUACUCACAUGUAAGUGGGACGACGCGCUUCUCGAGGCGUGCGGUGGUCCCGAACUACGUGCUAAAAUCGGCCCUGAGCCUGUCCUCGGCGGCACGAUUCUCGGACGCAUCUCCCGGUGGUGGGUUGAGCGCUGGGGAUUUAACCCAGAUUGCAUAAUCGCGCCAUUCACGGGCGAUAAUUCUGCGACCGUCGUUGCCCUUUCCGCACCAGGUGAUGCGCUCCUGUCCCUAGGCACGAGCACAACACUUCUGUUGAGCAUUCCCCCUGCCGACUCGCCCCCUGCCCGUUUCACUACUUCGCACCUCCUCUCGCACCCUACAACCCCCGACGCACAGAUUGCGAUGCUUUGUUACAAGAACGGCGCCCUUGCGCGGGAGCAGAUCCGUGACCGCUGUGCUGGUGCAGACUGGGCACGGUAUAACGAGCUCGUGGAGCAGUCGCCGCAAGGUAGCUCUGGGUUCAUGGGAUUCUACUUCCCCCUCCCCGAGAUCAUCCCUCCAGGGGUUCAGGGCGAAUUCGUAUUUCAGUGUAAAGAUAAUGAGGAACCACAGCUAGUGCAUGGACUGCGGCCAGAUGCCUCACAGCACGCACGCGCGAUCCUCGAGAGCCAAUUCCUCAGUAUCAAAUCGCGCAUUGCUGCCAUCCUUCCGGCGCACUCACCGCCGUUGCAGCGGCUGAUUGUUACUGGGGGUUCAUCGGCAAACCAGAUGAUCCGGCAACUCGCAGCUGACGUGUUUGGGAUGCGUGUCUACGUUGCGGAGAGCAAGGAGGCUGCGGGAACGGGAGGCGCAGUGCUCGCGAAGUUCGCGUGGUGGAAGGCGCAAGUUGGGGGCGCGAGUGGGAGCUUCGAGGAGAUGACAUUGGAAACAGGUGAGGUGGAGAGGAUGAGGCUGGUUGCGACCCCGAAAGGCGAGGUGACCAAGGUAUAUGAAGGGCUUGUGGAUACCUAUAGGUGGUGCGAAGAGCGGGUGGUGAACCUAUGUGGCGCUUGAAGCGUGAUGCACUUUGCACCUGGAGUGGACGUUGUAUCUACAUAUGUACUGGCAGACCAUAGAGCAUGCUUUCUUUACCUUGUUAAAUAAUUUUUAUUAGAAUGAGCGACCGUCUUCCUUCCGUCUAUCAGAUCUGGCU